CUAUUCUGCGUGGUGGAAAUUUUUUGAAAAAAAAUUGCUUUCUUCAAACAAGGGUGCCGUUCUCAUAUCAAUGGGGAUUGUUGUUCUCACUAUGAAGGCAUCUGUUAUUGAAAUGUUCCUUGUUUUGCUGGUGACAGGAAUACAUUCUAAUAAAGAAAUGACAAAGAAGAUUAAAAGGCCCAAGUUCGCUGUGCCUCAGAUCAACUGUGAUGUCAAAGCUGGAAAGAUCAUUAAUCCUGAGUUCAUUGUGAAAUGUCCAGCAGGAUGCCAAGACCCCAAAUACCACGUUUACGGCACUGACGUGUAUGCAUCCUACUCCAGCGUAUGUGGUGCUGCGGUGCACAGUGGUGUGCUCGAUAAUUCAGGAGGUAAAAUACUUGUUCGGAAAGUUGCUGGACAGUCUGGCUAUAGAGGGAGUUAUUCCAACGGUGUCCAAUCAUUAUCCCUGCCACGAUGGAGAGAAUCCUUCGUCGUCUCAGAAAGUAAACCCAAAAAGGGUGUAACCUACCCAUCGGUUCUUACAUAUUCAUCAUCCAGAAGCCCAGCUGCCCAAGCAGGUGAGACCACAAAAGCAUAUCAGAAACCAUCCAUUCCAGGGACAACUGCGCAGCCGGUCACUCUGAUGCAGGUUCUGGCUGUCACCGCAGACGAGGCCACCCCCAGCAUCUUGCCAAAGCCAUCCUCAUCCACAGCCUCUACCACCAGCAGCCCCAGACCACAGCCUGUGGGCUACAGGAGCUGGGAGAUGGAUCUCUGGUCCACCACCACCUACACAAGCGGCCAAAACAGUCUGGGCGCCAAUCCAGGAGAAAUGGACUUGUGGAGACCCGGAUCGGUCCUUUUAGAUGCAGGAUUUGUUCCAAAAGAAGAAUUAAGCACACAGUCUUUGGAGCCAGUAUCCCAGGGAGAUCCAAACUGCAAAGUUGACCUGUCGUUUUUAAUUGAUGGAAGCUCCAGCAUUGGCAAACGUCGAUUCCGAAUCCAGAAGCAAUUCCUAGCUGACGUCGCCCAAGCUCUUGACAUUGGUCCUGCUGGUCCACUGAUGGGUGUUGUCCAAUAUGGAGACAACCCUGCUACUCAGUUUAACCUCAAGACUCACAUGAAUUCCCAAGAUCUGAAGACAGCAGUAGAGAAAAUUACCCAGAAAGGAGGGCUUUCUAAUGCAGGCCGGGCCAUCUCCUUUGUGACCAAGAACUUCUUUUCCAAAGCCAAUGGAAACAGAGGUGGCGCCCCCAACGUGGCCGUGGUGCUGGUGGACGGCUGGCCCACAGACAAAGUGGAGGAGGCUUCAAGACUUGCAAGAGAGUCAGGAAUCAACAUUUUCUUCAUCACCAUAGAAGGUGCAGUUGAAAACGAGAAGCAGUACGUUUUGGAGCCCAACUUUGCGAACAAGGCUGUGUGCAGAACAAAUGGCUUAUACUCGCUCAGCGUGCAGAGCUGGUUUGUCCUCCACAAGAGCGUGCAGCCCUUGGUGAAGCGGGUCUGCGACACCGACCGCCUGGCCUGCAGCAAGACCUGCUUCAACUCAGCUGACAUCGGCUUUGUUAUCGACGGUUCCAGCAGCGUGGGGACAGGCAACUUCCGCACUGUCCUCCAGUUUGUGGCCAACCUCAGCAAAGAAUUUGAGAUUUCAGACACGGACACGCGCAUCGGCGCCGUGCAGUACACCUACGAGCAGCGGCUGGAGUUUGGGUUCGACAGGUACAGCACCAAGUCUGACAUCCUCAAUGCCAUCAAGAGGGUGGGAUACUGGAGCGGUGGCACCAGCACAGGGGCCGCCAUUAACUACGCACUGGAACAGCUCUUCGAGAAGUCCAAGCCCAACAAGAGGAAGUUGAUGAUCCUCAUUACCGAUGGCAGGUCCUACGAUGACAUCCGGAUACCAGCCAUGGCUGCUCAUCGGAAGGGAGUGAUCACCUAUGCGAUAGGUGUUGCUUGGGCUGCACAGGACGAGCUGGAAGUCAUUGCCACUCACCCUGCCAGGGACCACUCCUUCUUUGUGGACGAGUUUGACAACCUCUACAAAUCUGUCCCCAAGAUCAUCCAGAACAUUUGUACAGAGUUCAACUCACAGCCUCGGAAUUGAAUUGAGAGCAGGCAAAGCAUCAGCAAGAGCUGCUUUCCUGACGGGCUCUCUGGACAACCCCAGGGCUUUGUGGGGCACCCACAGUGCAGCAAGGCUUGGGUAGGGUUCGGGAAACAGACGUGUUGCUACUAUCCUUUGCCGUCAUGGCUUCUCAUACUUCAGAAGUUGAAGUUGGAAAGAUCAUCAUGAAUUUGUAGAAUGAGCCAAAAUAAUACAUCAUUUUGAGGGUGCUGAGGAUUUUACAUUUUGACAAUUGUUUUCAAAAUAAAUGCUCAGAAUACAGUGCAGCACUUGUG